CACACACAAGCCGCAAGUCUCUCGAUCACCGCCAUUGCUUUGUUUCCUUUCCUCUCGUCACGUUCUCCAUUUUUGGGAAAUAUUCCAAGAUCUUGAAUUGCCUACCUCUGUCUCUCUGGAUAUUUCUUCUCUUCCCAAUUUUACAAUCUCACUAUCUGCGAAAUCAAUGUUUUAAAAAUUCUCCAAUUCCUUCAUCUUUGCUCGCUGAAAGCUUAUUUAAGCUAAAAAAAUCAAUCUUUGAUGAUCCAAAUUGUGUUUGGUUUGAUCUAGGUGGAAGCUACUAUAAUAAAGUGAAAACCUUUUUUAUUUCUUUUAAUAUAAAAGAAUCUCUCCCCCACGAUUCGUUGUAUUCAGAUUCGGAUCUUCGUUCUGUUUAUAUCAGCUAGAUCAUCUUUCCUACGUUACAUCUCUUGUUUGAAACUUGUAUGUUGUAUGCAAAAACAUUCAUGAUUUUCGGUUUGAUUUGGUUUUGGUUAAUCAUGUCACAUUCCUCUGCGUAUUCAUACUUUUAACUUAUGUACUGUUUUUUUUUUUGUUGUUGUAGAUUCUUGAUGGUAAAAGCAUAUAGACAAGAGCAUGUCUACAAGCACCCGUGGGAGCGGGUGAGUGCCGCCUCGUGGAGGAAGUUUGCAGACCCUGAGAACAAACGGAUCCUUUCUCAUAUCCUCGAAGUCGACACCUUGAACCGCAAGCUUGACACUGACACUGGGAAACUCCACACCACUCGUGCCCUCACCAUCCACGCUCCUGGACCUUGGUUCCUUCACCGGAUCGUGGGCCAGGACAUCUGCCACUGCGUUGAGUCAACUGUUGUGGAUGGCAAAUCACGUUCUAUGCAGCUCAUAACAAAGAACAUUAGUCUCCAGAAGUUCGUUGAAGUGGAGGAGAGGAUAAGCUAUGAUCCUCAUCCAGAGAAUCCAUCGGCAUGGACGGUUUGUAGCCAGGAGACAAGCAUUCGGAUCAAACCCUUGUCGGCUCUGGCCUCAAUGGCUGAGAAAGUUGAGCAGAAGUGCGCGGAGAAGUUCAUGCAGAAUAGCGCGAAAGGGCGAGAGGUUAUGGAGAGGAUUUGUAGGUAUAUGGAAGCAGAAUCAGCUCGUGUCUAAAAGAUCCAAACAAGAAGGAAACACUAAACAGAUUUACUACAGUAUCUUGUUUUUGAAUGUUUUGUGGUAAUUCAAGACUACGUGUUGGUGUCAUGGUAAUAAUAAAUCCAUGAGACAGUUAAGAUCAAGCUUCUGUUUUUUGUUUUUCUCCAGCUACUUCUCUUGUUUGUGUUAGCAACUCGAUGUUUAGCAGAGAAGCUUUCUGACCAA